AAUGUUUAGGUUGAAUCUCUUUUCCUGCAAUUUGAAUCCUUUGCUCCGUUGAGUCUAUGGCUGGAUCUACACUGCUGUGAAGCCUUGGCUCUGCCUUUCCUCUCCUUUGCUUCAGUUCCCUCUGUUUAGGUUCCCCAAUAGUGUAGAUGUCUCCAUUUGUAUUAGUCUUUGCGUGGAGCUUCAAAACCCCUGUAUUGGCCAACCGUAGUUGGUUCAGUCCAUUUACUUGCACAGAGCUUUCUUGCGAGGCCCUCUUUUCUUUCUGCAAUAGAGAUACAGAGUUUAAAGGUCUGGAUGUUGUCUGGAAAUCCUAGGCCCUAGCAAUCCAAAUAAGCAUCCUUAGCACUAUAAACUCUCCAUAUACCAUCAGUCCCAGGGACAACAGAAGCUUGUGGUCAGCCCAAGUUUCACAAAGUAGAAGACCAAGUCCAUCACUUUACAUCAGAGGCAAAAGGCUUUCAAGGAUCCCAGAAAGAUGGGAUUUGCAGUACUUCACUCACUCACCCACUCACAGAGACUACUGAGACCCCCACGAAUGACGGCCUGGACCAAACUUGGCACACAGACCCUCCAUGACCCACUUUCCAUCUUGGUGUGGUUUGGGGGAGGAUGGACCAUAGACAAUGGGAUUUGUGGACCUUCACUCAAUUCAGCUCCCAGAGACCACUGUGACCCCCAUGAAUGAUGAACCUCAACCAAACUUGGCACACAGACCCCGCCCCCCAUGACCAACAGAACAUAGUGGAGGGGUAAGGGGGGGACUCAUCGACCCACAUGGGAGUUAUAGUUCACCCUGCAUCUGGAGAGCAUUCUUAACCCCACCAGUGACUGACCUUCACCGAACUUGGCACACAGAACACUGGUGACCAAAAGAACAUACUGGAGGGGUUUAGAGGGGAUUGAUCCACCCGCAUGGGAGUUGUAGUUCACCCUGCAUCCAGAGAGCAUUGUGAACCCCAUGAAUGGUGGAUCGUCACCAAACAUGCCCCCCUCCAUGGCCAACAGGACAUAUUGGAGGAGUUUAGAGGGGACUGACCAAUCCACAUGGGGGUUGUAGUUGUGAACCCCACCAAUGACAGAUGUGGACCAAAGUUUGCACCCAGAGCCCAGGUGGCCAACAGAACAUACUGAAGGGACUUGGGGGGAAAUGACCCACCCGCGUGGGAGUUGUAGUUCACCCUGCAUCCAGAGAGCAUUGUGAACCCCACCAAUGACAGAUCUGGACCAAAGAUGGCACCCAGAACCCUGGUGACCAACAGAACAUACUGGAGGGGGAGAGGAUGACCCACCCAAAUGGGAGUUGUAGAUCACCCUAUAUCCAGAGAGCAUUGUGAACCCCACCAAUGGUGGAUCAGGACCAAACCUGCCACAUAGACUCAACAUGGCUAGCUUUGCAUACUGGCGGGGUUUCAGAGUGAUUGACCUUGACAUCCAGGAGUUAUAGUUCACCCAUAUGCAGAGAACACAGAACCCAGGUGAUGACAGAUCUGGACCAAACUUGGCACAUAUAUACAACAUGGCCAACUGUGAAUACUGGUGGACUUUGGGGAUGAUUGAUGUUGAACUCUGGGAGUUAUAGUUCACCUAUAUUCUGUCAGCCCUCUGAACCCCACCAAUGACAGAUCUGGAUCAAACUUGGCCCACAGACCCAACACAGCCAACUUUGCAUACUGUUGACACUUGUGGGUGAUUUACCUUGUCAUCAGAGAGUUAUAGUUCACCCGUAUUCUGAGAACACUGAACCCAGCAAGUGAAAGAUCUGGACCAAACUUGGCACACAGACCCAACAUGGCCCACUGUGAAUACUGGCAGGGUUUGGGGGGUGAUUGCCCUGGGAACCUGGGAGUUGAAGUUCACCCUUAUCCAGAGAGCACUAAACCCAACUGACGAUGGAUCUGGACAAAACUUGGCACACAGACCCAACAUGGUCAAUUGUGAAUACUGGAACAGUUUGAGGGUGACUGCCCUUGGGAUCUGGGAGUUGUAGUUCACCCUUUUCCAGAGAGCACUAAAUCCAGCCGAUGACAGAUUGGGACCAGAUUCAACAUGGCCAACUGUGAAUACUGGCAGGGUUUGGGGUGAUUAUUCUAGGAAUCUGGGAGUUGUAAUUCACCCAUAUUCAGAGAACACUGAACCCAGCCAACAAUGUAUCUGACCAAACUUGGCGCACAGACCCAACUUGGGCAACUUUGAAUACUGGCAGGGUUUGGGAAGAAUUGAACCACGAUUCUGAGAACUGUACUUCACUCACAUUCUUAUGCAUUUUCUAAUGGGAGCAUUCAUAAAAAAACAAAAAGAAUGACACAUAGCUUUACACAUUACCAAACUGAUAUUACCAAACUUCCCAAAACAAACAAUACCUUUUUCACAUAACUCGGACAUUGCUGGGUCCCCAAGCUAGUAAAUAAAUACAUAUGACAACAGCAGCAAAAACUGAAUAUGCAAAACUAUGGAAACAACAAAAUAUAUCAACAUCAAAAGAUUGGAUUACGAAAGUUUUUGAAACAGUCAAAAUGGACAAAUUAAACAGCUUUACAACUAUCAAACACACAGAAGAUUCAAGAAGAAUGGAAACCUUUUAUGGAAUUCAUCAAGAACCAGAGGAAGAUGACCAAAGCAGAAUUAAUACUAUGGAUAUAUCUUGUAUUAUUUACAUACCCUACAUUCAAGAGAUUGCAGAAAGGGGAAGGAAGGGAAGGCAGAGUAAAGUCCACCUGGUAUUAUGCGAAAAGUUGGGCGUUGGCCCUCUCUUUCUUCCAGUCUCACCCAGAGCCACUGAGAGACAAGGACCUCCCUGCCGUUUGGAAGCCUCUCAGCUGCGGAGGAGGAAGGAGAAAGGGAAAGCCAGGCAUCAUGAUAAGCUCUGGAGUGCUGGAGGAGCACCUUACCCCGCCGGGACUGAAGCCCCUUUGGAAGAGGCUGGGUCAGUGGGGAGGCAUGUCUCAAGGCAGGAGUGGGGGUCAGGAAGAAGAGGAAGCAGCCCUUUCAAGGAGAAACCCGGGACCCUUAGCCCACUCUCUGGAAGGACAGCCACAGCAUCCUCUCCCAGCUCCCCACAAGAACCUUUCCCAAGAAGAGGGCAGGGGCCCCUUGCUGCUCCCAAGGGUGAUGGACCCACAACCUAUUGGUGAUGUAGAUCUUGGGAAAGGGGAUGAAGGUGGUCAAGAUAAGGGCAGGAAGGCAGAGGGCUGCCAGGAGGACAAAGGCUUCAGGUGUGAGGCCCUGAGGGUCGAGAGGGACCAAGAGGAAGAGCAGCUCCAAUGGCAUGAAGGCGGCAACUUGGACACUGGAGAUGAUGAUGACCUUGAUGCAGGUGAUGAUGGGAGCGACAGUGACGGAGAUGACAGUCAUGAAGGUGAUGGAGACAACACUGGGAACAGUGGAGGUGAGGAUCCUGAUGGAGAUGAGGAUCAGGACAAGAGUGAGGGAGAGGACAGUGAUGAAGAAAUUGACAAAAACACAAUCUGUGAUGUUCUGUUGAAAGAGAUGGAGAAACUGGAGCAGGAGAUAGAUGCAGUGCAUGAUCCCUCGCAGGAAAAGGUGGACGACUUGAGGAAGGAGGUGGAACAUUCCAGGACUGAGUACUGUUACCGACGUGAUAAAAUGGAAACAGCCCUAAACAAGAAGGUGAUGGGCUUGUGGUCAGCCCUAUGGCUUAACUCAUCACAGGCAGUGACUGCCCUUCAGGAAACCUUGAGCCAAUUCUCAGCAGUGGAGGUGGCUUCAUUGAAAGCAGAGUCUGACUCGCUUCAGGGCUUCCUGCAAGCUGCCCAGGGCCUAGAUACAUUGCAGAAGCUGACUGACUUUUAUUGCUCAGUGGAUGCUCUGCGGGAUCUCCCUCUGCUGAAGGUGGGCCCUACAUGUGAUGACCCACUGAAGGAGGUGGAUGUUAUAAAGGUGGAAAUGGACUGCUGGUGUUCUGCGCUGUUGCGUGUCCUACUGAAGGAGGGUCAGGAGAAGACAACUGCCCUGCAGGAGAAGGUGGACGCUGUGCAGGGUAUCUCUCCAGAGCAGGCAGGUGAACUGAAGGUGAAGAUGAGCGCUCUUCAGAAACAGAUGGGUCUCCUAUGGGAAGUCCCCCUCAAGGAGAUGAUGGCCUUGCUGGCAAUGGCAUAUAAGCUAUAUUGUAAAUUGUGCUCAGGUCCCACAAAAGAAGAGAACAUCAUAUGGAAGAAAGCAUGUGAUCAUGUAGUUAGCCUGAAAGUUCACCUGAAGGAUGUCCUUCUGUGGCGGAAAGCGACUGCCUUGCAUGCCAUGCUUCAUGAUAUCCCUGUGGAGAAACUGGUGGUGCUGGAAGAGAAAGUGAGGGCAUGUAUUAGGAAGGUGGAUGUGUUGCAGAAUAAAAUAUGGAAGCCCUUGGAGGAAGAGCUGAAAUUCCUGAAGGAGAAAUUGCGUUCCCUGAAGGAUUCUUCACAGAAGGGCAAGCUGCAAAAAGAGCUGAAGGAAUUAAAAGGGGACCUGGAAGAACUGACGGUAUUUGAAACUUACCCACUAAAGGGAACAGUGAAUGCCCUGCAAAAGAAAAUGAAUGCCCUACAGAAGAAGAUAAAUGUCCCCCAGAAUGCGGGUGCUCCCCUUGAAGAAGGUGAUGAAGUGAUGCAAGUGGACAAAACAGGAUUCUCAGAGAUGUUGAAUGCUCAAGAUGAAGCUCAGGAGAGGCCUCCUUCAGGACUUCAGGUGCCAGACAAUCCAGACAUAGUCCUCCAGAUCCCAGAGACCACCAGCCUGGAUAGACCCCAAAGACAAGACCCACAGGAGCCAGGAGAGGAAACCUGUGCAGAGAGUUCUGGGCAGUCUCUCGCUGGCUCUGAACCAGCUCUGACGGAAGGAGAGGGAUCGGAACCUCCCCAUAAAAAACAGAAGAUUAAUCCUGGCAAGGAAACCUAAGUGCCUCCUUUUGCUUCAAAAACAUGUUUCUCUUUCUGUAAAUAAAAAUUUAGAGAUAUAAUGAGCAGGCUACAUGACCCUGCAAACCAGGUCAGUGUCUGCUGCUUUGAACAAGGCAGAAGCACUUUGGAAGUGCUGAUCUGAGGAUUCCUGAUCUAAAUCUAGGGUAUUGAAAAGGUGUGCGGAUAGGGCAGGCAUGGGCACACUUGGUAACUUGCUUAGAAAUGUGAGACUCCGGGAACACAGUCAUAAUUUGAGUAUUUAGGCAUAACCUUUGUUUCAUUUAUUUUAUCGUUUAUUUACUUUCCCAUGGGGUAAGAAAGUAGUCCAGUAAUCUCUCAAUAAACUCACAUUUUAUUAGUA